GGGAGUUCACUGGAAUCUGAAGGGAAACUUGUUUUAGAAACUUUUAAACUUUCAUAACAUUCACUCAUAAAAUCGAUUGGGACAGCUGAUUGUGACAUUUUGGUUUUGUUUACGAGACGUAACCAUGUCUUAAACGGAGUUUUGACCUGUACAUGGGAGUUUCGACCGAGACAGGACAAGUGUGGGAGUGUUUGAUGGAGCGCGGCGCGAGCGACGAACAAAGUCUCCGCGCGCUCUUCCGCGCGUGCGAUGUCAACAACUCGGGCGUUAUUGAGAAAUGGGAGUUUGAGCAGAUGUGCUCGGAGCUGCGCGUGCGCUCGGCGGAUAUCGACGGCAUAUUCGCCGAACUGGACACGAACGAGGACGGAACGAUAAACAUGGACGAGUUCAUCCGCGGAUUUCAGACGGCCUCGAGUCUGUCGAGUCAGGGAGAAGGGGGAGAGCUGGUGAACGGCGCCGAGGCUUUCACCCUGGCCUGGGAGGAUUUUAACACCCGACUCGGGGAACAGAGCAAGUUAAUCCCGCGAAUCGAUCAGGUUUCGACUCUUUACCACAAUAUCAGUUUGACCGAGACCAGGAUGAUUCCACAGUAUGAGAAAGUCCUUCUAAACUUCAUUGGAGAAAUCAAACUUCAAAAUAAAGAGAUGGAGCGUCUGGCACUAGCAGUUAAAAGAGCUCAGGACCAAACUGCCAUUCAGCUGAGUGCGAUGGAGGACGAGAUGGAUCAGCGUAUUCACACAACUGAGAGAAACACACGCAUAGAGGAGUCUAAGAAGGCAGCGGCGGCACUGAGUAUUGUGAAAGAGCAGUAUGAAGCACAGCUGAGUGAGUUACGGCAUAAGGUCCUCACUCUGCAGAUGUUUGAAGACCAGAACAAGAACACCGGCCUCAAAGAGGAAAACCUUACGCUGAAGCGAAAGAAUAACGAGCUGGCCCUGCAAAACCAGAAGCUGAAGCAGGAGCUGCUGGAGUCACAUACAAAUAUAGCCCUUCUGCAGAGUGAGCUGGACAGCCUUAAAAGUGAUCUCACUGACCAGAGCAUCAGUUUCGAGCACGAUGAAGCCAUAAUGAGGUCUUUUUCUGAGGAGAGGAACAACCUGGAGAGGCAGGUAGAGAUUCUUCAGUUAGCAAACAGGAAGCUUCAUGACACCAAUGAUGGACUACGAAUGACUCUGGAGAAUAGCCAGAGCAAAAGCAAGCCCCAGAGAGGAAAUGGACUGUCUCCUGCAAGUACCCUAGAUAGGACAAAGAGCAUGGUCACCCCAUAUUUUGAAAGGUGCUGUAAGGCCUACACGGAUGACGAUCACGAGCAGCUGGCGCUGUGCGAUCCCAUGCGCAGACGCAGCAGCUUUGAGGUAGACAGCCUGUACGAGAGCUACGUGGACAGUGGCAUGUCCACUCUGCGCUCCAACAACGGCUAUGACUCGGAGCAGGACAGUAUGGGUCAAAGCGCCAUUCACAUGGCUCCCUUUAGUGGCUCGGGAGACACCUCAGACACGGAGGUUCCACAAGUACAAGACGAGGCAGCAUGGGAAUCAGACAGCGAGUCUGUCCUGAACAUGACUUCAAAUUCAGCUGACGAAAAAGACGUCACUUCUACAGGGAAGAAAUGCCUUUCAGCUAUUUUCAGUGAGAUACUGAAGGACGAGGCAUUGCUGAAGGGCCAUGGAUCUGAAAAAACAUACAAGAUUGUGUUAGCGGGUGAUGCAGCAGUGGGCAAGUCCAGCUUCCUGUUACGACUCUGUAAAAAUGAGUUUAAAGGCAUCACCAGCACCACUCUAGGAGUUGAUUUCCAAAUGAAGACACUUGUGGUAGACGGGGUGCCGACGGUGCUGCAGCUUUGGGAUACAGCGGGUCAGGAGAGGUUUAAAAGCAUUGCAAAAUCCUACUUCAGACGGGCCGAUGGUGUUCUCCUGCUCUACGAUGUUACCUGUGAGAAGAGUUUCCUAAAUGUGAGAGAAUGGGUCGACACCAUAGAGGAUGUGUCCCAGGAUAAAAUCCCCAUCAUGCUGGUAGGGAAUAAGACAGAUCUGCGACAGCAGGCUCUCGAUGAUGGCGUCCAGUGCAUUUCAACAAGCUACGGAGAGAAACUGGCUAGGACUUACAGCUCCCUCUUCUGUGAGACAAGUGCAAAAGAUGGCUCAAACAUCAUUGAGGCAGUGCUCCAUUUAGCACGGGAAGUUAUCAAACAUGCACAUGAACGCAAGGACACAACACUGGGAACAAGCCUCUCUGGAAACCCCAAGUUCACCAGCUCAAAGUGCUGCAGGGCCUAAUGCAUGGUCCUUAUCACUCUAAACACACAUGCAGUGUGUGUUAUAUUAAGAUGGCAUCUGCAGGUUGGACACCAUUAUAUAUUUCUAUGCACAUCUGUAUUUCAUCCUACCUCUGAUUAUAAGAUUAUGAGAUAUUCACCGUUUCCGACUGAGAAGUGACGUAUGGGAGCAACGAAUAUGGAUGUAAAUAAAGUUUGCAAGAUAUCAGUGAGGGUUUCCUCAUGGCCAUUUUAUAAAAGACAUCAUGUGAAAAGUUUUUACAAAUGCUAUUCAACAACCACAGUGAUUUCAGGUCUCUUAGAGACACUCAGAAGAGUGAAACACUAUGAGCAUAAAACAAAGGUGUCAAAAUCUGACCUGUCAUGUAAAGUCAGGUAUUAAGUUGCACGGGUUAGUUUUGCUAUGGCCAAUAGAAUGCAUUAGUUGAUGCAUAUCAAGUUUUAAAUGUUGAUAAAUACCUUAUCUUCCUAAGCCUUUAACAGAAUUGAGAAAGUUUAAAUCGUAAGCAUUGUUUUAAAGCACUUUAAUGAACAGUAUUUAAGCUGGUAACUCCAGUCGUGAUAGAAACACAUGCCUUUUUUUCACUAUAAACAUGUAUUGCUAAAUUAUUUGUCACAUGUACCUUACAUCACAAUGAAAUAAUUUUUUUCACAUACUGUAUCCCAGGUAGGAAGCUGGGGUCAGAGCACAGGGUCAGCCAGGAUACAGCACCCAUAGAGCACCCAUUGAGUAGUGUUAAUGGUGGUGUUAGGGCUUGAACCCCCACCCUUCCGAUCAGUAACACAGAGCAUUAAACGUUUGAGCCCACUUUUUCCAUUAUGUAAUGAUAUCCUCAUUUAAGUAUUCUAGAAAUUGGAUUUUUCCCUCACUGUGUCCCAGCAACAGUACCUGCUUCAGUAAUACUCUUGGUAACAAAAUGGAGCUUAUUGAAACAGGAAUCUGAAAUUAUGCAUAAAUCAAAUAAUCCAAAAUGCGACUUAAUACCUGAUUUGCUGUGAUGGGUUACAAAUAAGGGUAGUUUCUACAGAUGAGAUAAACUUCGCUCUGUUUAUAUGCUGUCAGCAUUGGCAGUGUGAAGGAGGGAUAAAAAUCUUUACCUUGACAAGAUGAACUCAAGAUUUUUUUAAUAGUUUCAAGACACCAAAAUAUAAUUUAAAUAAACAAUCUUUAUUCAGACAAUACCAUAUAGUUAACUCAGUGUCAUUUUGUCUUCACAAAUGAAAACAGACUUGCACAAAGUUUAUCACCUGGUGUGAUUUAUAUUUAAAAAAUGUUUUGAAUACUUAUAAAAUAGUUAAUCUUCACACUACACCAUAUUUUCUACCUUAGGACAAAGUGAACACCAAAUUUAAUGUUCUGCUACUUUGCACAUAAGAAAGACACAAUCCUGUUAGUCAAAUUUGAAAACCUUUAAUAAGCUAGUGCCUUAUGCAAGAGUAGUUUUCAAAUUUAUUUAUGAUAAUUAACUAUAAUCUUUAUAUGAAAAUUAUUGCAUAGAAUAUUCAAUUCAAUUCAAUUUUAUUUAUAUAGCGCUUUUAACAAUGGUCAUUGUCUCAAAGCAGCUUCACAAAAAAAUAUAUAUAUCAGGAAGCAUAUGUCUUUUUUUCUGAAUCAUGUUUGUAUCAGAAAUGUGGAUUUUGCUAAUUUAUGUGGAAGUGCCUUGGCUAAUUGUUGUCCAGAAAAAAAUGCAGCAUGCAUGUUAUAUAUGAAAUGCAAGUCUUGUUUCUCAGACGUACAGAAGAUAAGGGCCAACACGAAAAAAAAUUAGUUCUGACUUUUUUUUCCCCUUAGAAUUCAGAUUUUUUUUCUUAAAAUUCUGACUAAUCUCAGAAUUCUAACUUUAAUGUCAAAAUUCUGUUUUUGAAUUAGAUUAAGGUCAGAAUGCUGAGAAAACAAGAAAUUAAAUGUAAGGCUGAUUUUUCAGGCCUAUAAAAAAUAUUUAUUUAUUUUGAGUUUCAUCUCAGAACUCGUUUUUUUUCCCCCUUAAAAUUCUUGUUUCAUCUGAAAUCAUAGUCAUAAUUCUGAGAAGAUUCAU